AUGUUAAUUGCGUCACCGGUGAUUUCAUCAACUGUUCCAAGUGAGAAAAAGAAAAAUGAAUUAUUUCCACAAUGCACACGAGCAAAACAAGUGGCCUAUCCAUUCUCAAGUCUGAGAACAUCUCAAUCAGUUGUUGACUAUGAAGAGCUAAAACGAUUACAAGCGCUAUCCAACGAACCUGAGGACAGAGAAGAAACACAUUAUCUAUUUAUGAAACAGUAUGUAUCUGUAUUGAAACCACCACCACCGAGACGAACGUGGACAUCUCGAAAUAAAAGUACUGGUGCAAAAACGACAGAAACAUUGCCUUUACCGCCGGUUGAAAACCAAUCAUCUUUAUUGAAUCGAUCAGUAGGGCGUGCUGGAAAAGACAUCACACCAUUUCAACGUGACAUCAAAAUUCUUCGACAACUUAUAAGAAAAUUACAAAUUCAACGAACAAAUGCAGAGAAUGAUCAAAUUUUUCAAAUAAUGUCACAAUUCCCAGAAUUCAUGGCGCUCGAUCCACGGGCCGAGAUCCUUCGAGAAGCGAUUGAACUGGCGCACUUAGAAAUAUGUUACGAAGCUAACCAGCCAGUGUUACCGACAAAUGGUUAUUUCUUCAUUUUAAAAGGUGGUAUCACAACACUACCACCCUCGUCACAACUUCCACCAUUAUCAUCUCCUCCAUCGAUACAAACGCUGACCAUCGGACAAAGCUUUGGUUCGUUAAUAGCAACACCAGAAAGCAAAUAUAAAACUUGGGUAAUCACUACCGACGAACGUACGGAAUUUCUCAAGAUAAACAAGGACGAAUUUAUUACAGUGAAAAAGAAAUUCGAACAGACAGAAUAUCUAGAAAAGUAUUCCCUUGUCAUUUCCUGUGGAGAGUAUAAAACAUGGUCGAAACAAACUGUCGAUGAAUUUCUUCAUCUGAUCGAAUGGAUAAAUUAUCCUCCAAAUACAAUUAUUGCUAGUGAAGGCUUUCGUUGUCCAUUUAUUGCUUUUUUGAAAGUGGGCGAAUGCCAUGUCUUACGAAAGGUUGAUGUAGUAAAACUAGAGCAAAACGGUACCAAAGGUCGACAACUACGACAAGUAGUGAUGGGUAAGAUCACAGCUCCAGAUUCGUUCGGUGAAAUCAGUGUUAUCUUACAAGAGGCCAUGACUUGUACAAUCGUAACUGCAACUCAUUGUUGGUUGGGAAUCAUUCGACCAGAGAAGGUUUUAGAAUUACCUGAUCUGACACGGCAAUUAAUUUUACAAAUAGCAAAACGUACUUUUGGUCAUUUAUCGCAGGAUGAUAUUCAUCACGAGUAUGUCAGUCAAGAGACACGCAAAGAAUGGACAGAUUUCAAAAACGAUAUGGUUGAACAUAUAAUGUCCAAGAAGAAACCUCUCUUUGGACGUGGAAAAUGA